AACCGUUAACUGACAGUAACGGUAAACUUAACAGAAACGGUAACUCCCGGUGUUUUAUGUUUAAAUUAAAGGCUGUGUGGGAGAGGUGAAUGAUUUAUUUUUCUUCAGUCGAAGAGGAAACAAGUGACUGGUAACUUCCGCCUUCACCUGUGCGCGCUCCCGCGAGGGACGGGUGGGGCUCGGUAGUGCUUCUAACAGAGACACAGAAGAGGACCGAGAGAGAAGUUUUAAUCGUGGGUGUGAUGAAGGUGUGAAGGUUUCUGUGGUCAGAAGAAGCUGUGUUACAGGUUUCCCUCUCAGACCAGAGAAGAUGAAUGAUUUGGAGGAAGAGGAGGACAGAGCAGAGUCCCCAGGAUCCAUCUGUCUCUCUAUGAAGAGUGACUGGUCCAGAGAACCUCCACUAUUCUUCAGUAAUGAACCUGGACCCUCAGACACAGAAUGGAGAGCAGUGUCCACAGGAUCCACCUGUCUCUCUAUGAAGAGUGACUGGUCCAAAGGACUUCCUCCAAACUUCAGUAAUGAACCUGGACCCUCAGACACAAAAGAGGAGGAGCAGCUGUCCUGCUGUUCUUUGUGUCAGGACGUCCUGAAGGAUCCAGUCUCUACCAGCUGUGGACACUGGUUCUGCAGACAGUGCAUCACCUCAGACUGGGACCAGUCUGGUUCAUCAGGAGACUCCUCCUGUCCCCAGUGUGGGAAAAGACCAAGACCAGGACCUGGACUGCAGACAGCCAGUCAGACCAGCACUGUACAAACAGAUAGUGGUCUGCAGGAGGUUUUAGAUGAACAUCAGAUCAGUCUGAGGAGGAGAUGUGAACGUGUGACUGAAGGAACUGAUGGAACAGGAAGUAGAACCCUCCUCAACAGGAUCUACACUGAGCUCUACAUCACAGAGGGACAGAGUGAAGAGGUUAAUACCCAACAUGAGGUGAGGCAGCUGGAGACAGCUUCCAAGAAGAAGACCCUCCAUGACACUCCAAUCAGGUGCCAGGACGUCUUUAAAGCCUUACCUGACCAACAGAGACACAUCAGAGUGGUUCUGACCAACGGCGUCGCUGGUGUUGGAAAAACCUUCUCAGUGCAGAAGUUCACUCUGGACUGGGCAGAGGGCUCGGAAAACCAAGAUGUCAGUCUGCUGGUUCUGCUUUCGUUCAGGGAGCUGAACCUGAUCAGAGAUGAGCAGUACAGUCUUCUCACGCUGCUCCAUGUUUUCCAUCCAACAUUACAGAAGGUCACAGCAGAGAAGCUGGCUGUCUGUAAAGUUCUGUUCAUCUUUGACGGCCUGGAUGAAAGCAGACUUUCACUGGAUUUCAUCAACAGGAAGGUUGUGUCUGACGUCACACAGAAGUCAUCAGUCAACGAGCUGCUGACAAACCUCAUCCAGGGGAAUCUGCUUCCCUCGGCUCUGGUCUGGAUAACUUCCAGACCUGCAGCGGCCAAUCAGAUCCCUCCUUCAUGUGUUGACAGGGUAACAGAAGUACGAGGCUUCACUGACCCACAGAAGGAGGAGUACUUCAGGAGGAGAUCCAGUGAUGAAGAGCUGUCCAACAGAACCAUCUCACACAUCAAGACCUCCAGGAGCCUCCACAUCAUGUGUGGAGUCCCAGUCUUCUGCUGGAUCACUGCUACAGUUCUGGAGCACAUGUUGACUACAGAGCAGAGAGGAGAGCUGCCCAAGACCAUGACUGACCUGUACUCACACUUCCUGCUGGUUCAGACAAAGAGGAAGAAGAACAAGUACCAUGAGGGACAUGAGACGAGUCCACAGGAGCUGACGGAGGCUGACAGGGAAGUUCUUCUGAAGCUGGGGAGGCUGGCGUUUGAACAUCUGGAGAAAGGAAACAUCAUGUUCUACCAAGAAGACCUGGAGCAGUGUGGUCUUGAUGUGACAGAGGCCUUGGUGUACUCAGGACUUUGUACAGAGAUCUUCAAAAGAGAGAGUGUGAUCUUCCAGAAAACAGUCUACUGCUUUGUUCAUCUGAGCGUUCAGGAGUUUCUGGCUGCAGUCUACAUCUUCCACUGUUUCACCAACAGGAACACACAGGUACUGAAGGACUUCCUGGAAGAUAGCGAUUCUGAUGAUUCAUUCAUUGAAGAUGACAUGGACACUGACCAUUACUCAUCCAUAAAUAAUUUCCUGAGGGGAGCCAUGGAAAAAUCUCUUCAAAGUAAAAAUGGCCACCUGGACCUGUUUGUUCGCUUCCUUCAUGGCCUCUCUCUGGAGUCCAACCAGAGACUCUUAGGAGGUCUGCUGGGUCAGACAGAGAACAGUCCAGAAAUCAUCCAGAGAGUCAUCAACAACCUGAAGAGGAUGGACACAUAUGACAUCUCUCCUGACAGAAGCAUCAACAUCUUCCACUGUCUGAUGGAGAUGAACGACCACUCAGUUCAUCAGGAGAUCCAAGAGUUCCUGAAGUCAGAGAACAGAUCAGAGCAGAGACUCUCUGGGAUCCAGUGCUCAGCUCUGGCCUACAUGCUGCAGAUGUCAGAGGAGGUUCUGGAUGAGCUGGACCUGAAGAAGUACAGAGCAUCAACAAAGGGAAAACAACGAUUGAUUCCAGCAGUGAGAAACUGCAGAAAAGCUCAACUUUCUGGCUGUGAACUGUCAGUCAUACACUGUAACACCAUAGCCGCAGCUUUGAAGUCAAACCCCUCCCACCUCAGACAACUUGACCUGAGUGACAAUUAUCUGGAGAAUCUAGGAGUGGAGGUGGUCUCUGCUGGACUGGAGAGUCCACACUGUAGACUGGAGACUCUGAGACUUGAUAACUGCGAAUUGACACCGUCCAGCUGUUCUUCUCUGGCCUCAGCUCUGAAGUCCAACCCCUCCCAUCUGAGAGACCUGGACCUGAGUCACAACAAGCUGCAGGAUUCAGGAGUGAAGGAGCUGUGUGGUUUUCUGCAGAGUCCAGACUGUAGACUGGAGACUCUGAGGUUGAAGAACUGCAGUUUGUCAGAGAUCAGCUGUUCUUCUCUGGUCUCAGCUCUGAAGUCCAACCCCUCCCAUCUGAGAAAACUGGACCUGAGUGAGAACGACCUGCAGGAUUCAGGAGUGAAGGAUCUGUGUGGUUUUCUGCAGAGUCCAGACUGUAGACUGGAGACUCUGAGGUUGUCAAAGUGCUCUGUCACACAUGAAAGGUGUGUUUGUCUGGCCUCAGUUCUGAAGUCUGGAUCCUCCCAUCUGAGAGAACUGGACCUGAGCAGAAACAAGUUGAAAGAUUUAGGAGUGAGGAAGCUGUGUUUUGGACUGAAUAGUACCAACUGCAGACUGGAGACUCUUGGGCUUCGAGGCUGUGGGCUGUCAGAGAUCAGCUGUUCUUCUCUGGUCUCCGCUCUGAAGUCCAACCCCUCCCAUCUGAGAGAACUGGACCUGAGCAGAAACGACCUGAAGGAUUCAGACCUGAAGCCUCUGUUAGAUCUUGUGGAGGACCCAGACUACAGACUGCAGACUGUGAGGAAAUAAAGUGCUGAGUCAUCAAGGUGAGAGUCUGUGUCUGGUCCAUGUUACUGGGAGGUAGAGUGGAGAGGAGAGCUUCUUCCAGCAGUGACUGACAGAGAAAUCAGAGGAAGUGGAGAUGACUCUCAGUGCUGCAGUCUGAACUGAUCUGAGAACAGCUCCACUGUCAGACACAGAGUCCAGUCCACCAUCAUCCCUGUGUGUUCCUCUGGAUCUGACAGAGGAUCAUCAGUGUAUCUGGACUCUGCUGCUGCUCUGUCCUUCUACACAGUCACUGCAGACACACUCACACUCCUCCUCCUCUUCCUCCUUCUCCUCCUCCUCCUCCUCCUGGUUACAGAACAUUCAGAAAGUGUUUGUCUGCUGUGUCUGUGGUCUGAGAACAGCCUCAUACAGCUCAUCAUAUUCCUCAGAGAUCAGUGAACUCAACAACAAACACUGAUGUGGAGCAUUGAUCAUAUUCUCAUUUACUGUUUUUGAUAUUUACAUUUUAUCAAGUAAAGCAAAUAUUUUCAGGUCAUUUGUUUCAAAUCUGAAUCUCUGUAACACGCUGAAAGAUGUAAUAUAAGAUUUAAUUUAGUUCUUAUAAUGGAACAUACUGUCGUCUGUCUAAUUCAGCAUCAUGCACAUGUUUUUAGUUUAUUAUCAUUCAUUCAUUGAUCUGCUGAUAAAUGAUCAGGUCUGUAGUUUCUCUCUCAUCAGUAACAGCAUCAUUCAGUUUCAUAUAUCAUCUUGUUUGAUGUUGUAACUGAUCAUGGUUAAAGGUGAAGAUGAGAUUUGUCCUCAGGAUUUUCACCUUAAAUCAUUUAGAGUCUGAUGAGAAAAUGAUUUCUUGUUCUGAGACAGAGGAGGAGGAGUGAGUCCUGAUUGGCAGAGAGCUCUGUGACCACGCCUCCAACUGUGACAUCACUCCUCAGAUAAAACUGGUUUUUACCACAGAACUUUCCUCAUGAAGCUUCCAGUGAGUUUAUAUAAUCUCUGUGUCUUUACUUUGAUCAUAAAUCAGAAUAAGUCCCAUUUUAACAAGGUGUUUUAUUACCUGUCUGCCUCCAUGCAGCAGGUGAGCUCUGCUGAACACUGACGGAUUGACUUCUUUAAACACACCAGAGCUGAGCUGAGUAACUAGAGUAACUAAGUACUGUAACAGAUUACUGCUGUAUUAACUUUAAUGAGUUUUAUUGGUUUGUUGUGUUUGUUCUUUUUUUCUGUAAUUUGACCAAGUUUUUUGUUUUGUUUUAUCAGUCUUCGUUGUGUUGCUCAUUUUAUUUUAUGUUUAAUUUUAUUUUACUCUCGGUAAUAAAAUAAUUCUAAUUA